CCAGCGCACCACCGAGUGCACCGUUCGAGGAAUCGAAGACCUGCAGUGGAGUUUGCAUCGACGCGCGCGCUCGAAAGGACGGUCCAACUAACGGAUCGUGAUCUGAGUUAGGAUUGUAUCACAAAAGCCAAGGUCUUUUGUGUUUUACGGAAAUCUCGUUUUGUGAGAAACCACUCGACCUAGAUCGGAUCUUGUGAGGGUGUUUAGUGGAACUGCUGUUGAGCUUGAAUGGAUUUGAAUGAACUGCUUAAAAGAGAUCACAUAGGUUGAGAUUCGACCAGUUUCUAGUGAACGAGUGACAAGCUCAAGGAACCAUGAAGACUGUUUUGGUGUUGCUAGCGGUUAUCUUAGUUUUUUGUGAAGGAUAUAAUCCUGAAUAUCGAAGAUCAAAAAGCAAACGCAACCGGUACGUUGUUGAGGACUCGUAUGAAGAUGAUUACGGUGAAAUAAGUAUAGAGGAAACAGAAGAAGACAGUGCACCGCGAAUCGAGCGAAAGAUGAGAGCCAGUGUUCAUGAACUGCCAUACGGCUAUUCGAAAUCUCAUAAGCGAAGAGACGAUCGUGAGUAUGAAGUGAAAAUGCGGAAACCCAGCUAUUCUGAGAAAAAAGGACGUGGAAAAUAUUCGACCUACGAAACAAACCCCCACAAAACUCUAAAAAAAGACAUCGUAGCACGACAGCGGAAUUCUGUAGUGGAAGUGAAGGGUCGUAAGAAAGAUCACAGAUCUGCUCCCGUGUAUGAAUCAAUGUAUCCCUACCCAUCACCACCGGCACCGUACUCCAUACCACUUCCAGUAGUUCCACAUCUGACCAAAGUACCAUGUGGAGCCUACAGCGGAAAGCCUUAUCCAACUCCAGCGCAUCAUGUUCCAGUAUCUCAUGUCCCAGCGCCUCAGGUGCCACCCUAUCAUGCUCCAACGCAUCAAGUGCCAACACCACAUGUUCCUGUUCAUCAAGUUCCAGCUGCAGCAUACCACGAACAACCAUCGUACCAGGUACCUCCCCCACCCUAUACUCCACCAGUGUUCACGCCACCGACCUACAACCCACCUAUGCACACUACAACAUCGCCACAAUAUCUACCACAACCGAAGCCACUGUAUCAUCAUCAACCGGUACAAACACAACCGGAGGCAGUUCAUCAACCCCUGUAUUACAAACCAGGUCAGCACCCAUACUAUCAACAGCAGAAACCAGGGCCACAUUUCCCAGCUCCACCAGCUUACCAUCAGCCGUACCAGCCGUCCUACAAGUCAAUGGAACCGACACCAUCUUUCGCGGCUCCAGUGAGUGAAGACCAUCAAGAACCUCCACAUCAUCCUGUGAUUUCGGCAUUUCCUACGACAUCCACGACCACCCAACAUGCCCCCACAGUACCUGCCGAUCGGGAUCAAACCACUCAGAAUGUCGACAACCACACUCAACGUCCAGCGGCUGACGCUGACGAGACCAAAAACCAACGGAAAGCAUCAGACGAUGAACCUGAGGAAGAAAAGCGUGUGAUCACUCAGCCGACCAGCACCACCGGUGCGGCGAUGACAACGACGACAAGUUCUCCUCGCCUUCAUGCACCUUCUACCACGGUGGAAAAUGAAAAAUAAUCCACUUCCCCACCUUCAUCCUUCCAUUCACUCCAUCCCAUCCGUAAGUGACCUGCACUUACAGUUUAAUUUAUUGUCACUUGUGAAUGAAAUAAAUAAGGC